AUUAUACUACUCUAUGAGUUUGCUGUUCGCUGUCGCCGUUGUUGUUCGCGGAAAUAUUGGAUAAAAAUUUAGCAUUAAUUUACUAAUUAUUUAGCCAUAUAGACAAUUAUAAUAUUUAUUAUUUUAUUCAUAAAGACUUAUUUGGAUUCGAUUUAAUUUCAAUUAAACUUUAAAAAAUUAACAUGAGGCGGCGAGCAGGAGUGGGAGCAAUACAAAAACAAAGAUUGGAGCAGGAAAAGUAUAGAGAGAAGGGUUCCGAGAUCCAGGAGAACCAAUUCCAGCAGAUGUCCAAACAGCUGGAGGUUUUUAGAGACAACUUGGAGGAGUUCGCGUCUAAACACAAGAGUGAGAUUAAAAAAAAUGCGCAGUUUCGGCGGCAGUUUCAAGAAAUGUGCGCCGCUAUUGGAGUCGACCCUCUGGCAUCAGGCAAAGGGUUUUGGUCAGUUUUAGGCAUUGGUGACUUUUACUACGAACUAGGAGUGCAGAUUGUUGAAGUGUGUUUAGCGACUAAUUACAAAAAUGGUGGGCUUAUUACCCUAGAGGAGUUACGGACAAGGCUCAUAGCAGCAAGGGGCAAAGCUAAGAAGCACCAAGAAAUCACUAAUGAGGACCUCUUAGCUGCUGUUAAGAAACUAAGAAUAUUUGGAAAUGGGUUCACAGUAGUUCCAAUAGGCAAAGGAAAGUGGCUUGUGCAAUCAGUUCCAGGAGAGUUGAACUUGGAUCAAACACUAGUACUGCAGAAGGCAAGCUCAUUGGGAACUGCCUGGGUAUCCACAAGCAUACUUACUCAGGAUUUAAGCUGGAAUGAUACUAGAGCAGAAAAUGCUCUGAACCACAUGGUAAAGGAAGGGCUUGCAUGGGUUGAUAAUCAAGAUCCUAAAGAAACCCUUUAUUGGUUCCCCAGUAUGUUUGCAGAGUGUGUCUCAGCAUCAUGAGAGGCAGAUGGUCUCCACACUCAAAUAUCUUCUUGGAACUAAUAAUACAACUUUUAAUGAUUUUUACAUUCUUUCUAAUACAACAUUUUCUAUACUUCUGGCCAAUGCAUCAUUUACAAUAAGAUAUGUUGUAAAUACAAGUACAAUUUUUUUAUAUUAUUUAAAUAAUGAAAUAUCAAGAAAUUGUUAAUAAUAAUAUAUUUUAUUUUAAGUUGUAAAUAAAUGUUAAUUACAUUA